GGACCGGGCGGACGGUUCGGCACCAGCUGAUGAAACUGGACCACCAGCAGUGAUUUCAGCCGAACCUGCGGUGUUUUGGCACCGGAACCAGGUUCUGCUCCUGGUUUAAACUCGGUUCUGGAGGAGCUUGCAGCGGACCCAGAUGACGUGAGAAGGUUCGGAGAUGCCUCGCGGAUGUGUCCUCGUGCUUCAGGUGUUCGCCGUGGCCGGCCUCCUGCCGUCGGCCUCUUCGGCUGACCUGACGUGUGAAGCUCUGCUCAUGCUGGCAGGAAACAUCUCAUGUAAGCACUAACUGGACGCUUGUUUCCGUCCCCUCGCUUCAGGCUCGGGAACCUACUGCGACACCUCCAUCGACGGCAUCGGCACCUGCUGGCCCAGGAGCAGCGCCGGCCAGUUGGUGUCCCGGCCCUGUCCGGAGAUGUUUUACGGUGUCAGAUACAACACGACGAAUAAUGUUUACAGAAAAUGUUUGGCCAACGGGACGUGGGCGCCGAAGGGGAACUACUCCAUGUGCAAGGCCAUCCUUAACGAGGAGAAAAAGGGGAAGAUGCACUACCAGAUCGCUGUCAUCAUCAACUUCCUGGGUCACUGCAUCUCUAUGGUGGCACUGCUCGUAGCCUUCUUCCUCUUCCUGUGCCUGAGGAGCAUCCGGUGCCUCCGGAACAUCAUCCACUGGAACCUGAUCGCCGCCUUCAUCCUGAGGAACGCCACCUGGUUCAUCGUCCAGCUCACCAUGAGCCCCGAGGUCCACGAGAGCAACGUGGUCUGGUGUCGUCUCGUCAUCGCGUCCUUCAACUAUUUCCACUCCACCAACUUCUUCUGGAUGUUCGGAGAAGGUUGUUACCUCCACACCGCCAUCGUCCUCACCUACUCCACUGACAAACUCCGCAAGUGGAUGUUCAUCUGCAUCGGCUGGUGUAUUCCCUUCCCCAUCAUCGUGGCGUGGGCCAUCGGGAAGCUGUACUACGACAACGAGAAGUGCUGGUUUGGGAAGCGACCCGGCGUCUACACAGACUACAUUUACCAGGGUCCCAUGAUCCUGGUGUUGGUGAUCAACUUCAUCUUCCUCUUCAACAUCGUCAGAAUCCUGAUGACCAAACUGAGAGCUUCCACGACGUCCGAGACCAUCCAGUACAGGAAAGCUGUGAAGGCCACGCUGGUUCUCCUUCCUCUCCUGGGAAUCACCUACAUGCUGUUUUUCGUCAACCCGGGCGAAGACGAGAUCUCUCAGAUCGUCUUCAUAUACUUCAACUCGUUCCUGGAGUCGUUCCAGGGCUUCUUCGUCUCAGUAUUUUACUGCUUCCUAAACAGUGAGGUCCGCUCGGCUGUAAGGAAGCGGUUCCACCGAUGGCAGGAGCAGCACUCCAUCCGGGCCAGGAUGACCCAGGCCAUGUCCAUCCCAACAUCACCGUCCCGGGUCAGUUUCCACAGCAUCAAGCAGUCCACGUCUCUCUGAGAGAGGAGACGCAGUCCGUCCAAAGAGGCGCGCCUCGGGACAAACGCAGCUGU